GGCCUCUCUCCCUCUCUCUCUCUCUCAUAAUCUCAUUCAUCAAAAUACGCACUUAUCUUCGUGGACUUGUGAUGGGGUGCCAAAACCUGCCAAUGAAAUUCCGCCGGGAGCCAAAAUUUUUGGUUAGUAAUGAACAGGUGGAACCGUCUGUCCCUGCAGAGGACGGUCCAGUAGAAAAUUCCAUCACCUUGACCUCAGGACAGAGAGGCGAGGCCAAGGAACGAUCAAGCAUGAAAAUCAAAAAGAAAGUCAGGUUUAAUAUGAAUGUGGUGAUCCAUGAGAUAGUCCCGCAUGAUGAAGAAACUACAUGUCAGUCGUUGGAAAGCAAAGAGAAGGAAGAUGAAGGAAAGGGUAAAACGGCACCAGCAGAUGCAAGCCUGUGCCUUCUACCAUCUGUAAGGGAUUCAACUGCACCAAGAAUGGGAUCAGGAUUCUACCCCUCAGACUAUCAGUACAAAAACUGUAGAGAUAGCUAUGUGGAAGAGAAUGAACUAGAACUCAACAAGAGUGUUCUGGCUUGCCAUGAUGCCGAUGCUGCUUAUGAUUAUGAUGAUGACAAUAUCAGUGAAGAGGAGUUCUCCCAGCAAUUAUGCUCUGUAAGGAAGCCAGUAGAAAAUUUCACUCAAUGGAGGGCAGUCAAAGCAAGAGCUAUGCUAUCACUCAAGCACCAAGGAAAGGAGAACCUAGCCAAUUCAUACAUGCAUUCUGUACGGAUCCCAAUCGAAAAUCUCACCCAAUGGAGGGUAGCCAAGGCAAGCGUAGCACCAUUACUCAAACAAGAAGGAAAGGAGAAUCAAGAGCAGAUACCGCCAAGCUUAAAAUCGUGCUUUUAUCUGUCAACAAGCAGCUCUGCAGAGAGUUUUAUUAGUGAAGAGGAGUUCUCUGUGCGGAAGCCAGUGGAAAAUAUCACUCAGUGGAGGGCAGUCAAAGAAAGAGAUGCACACCAUCAUGAAAGCACCAAUGAUAGGAGAACCUUGCAUUAGAGAAAGAACAAAUUUCCUUACUCCUAUGUUUGGGAAAGGACUUGGAUUUGGAUUUUGUGUCAAUUUGAAUAUAUAUAUGUAAUUUAAAAAUUAUACAGAACUUUGUUCAAAUUCACCCAAAUCCAAAUUCAAGCCCAAAAUCCAUACUCCCAAAUGCAGCUUUAUGAUAAUUCCACUGUUAGUCCCUAUCCUAUCCCCUUAUAACUGUUUUCACACAUUCUAUGUGGAAGUAAGAACAAUACAGUGAUUAAUUUUGCAAGUACAUGUUUUAAGUACUUAUUACAAAGUCCUUUUUU